AUGAGCGAGUCCGAGAAGCAGCAAACCACCAUCAUCCCAACCUCUGACGCGGCCUCCAAGAUUGUGCCUGAGGCAACAGAGGUCGCAGAAGAACACGCCAAGUAUCUCUUAGCAGAAGACAACAAAACGAAUGUGCGUUUAUUCUGCCAUCAUUUCAACAAGCUUGGCCUCCAAUCUGCAUAUCGACACGCAUGGAACGGGCAAGAGACAGUCGACAUUUACAAAGCGUACCCUGAACAAUGCAGGAUUGUGUUCAUGGAUCUCGCCAUGCCUAUCAUGGGUGGUCUGGAAGCUUCUCUCCAAAUUAGGGAGUACGAAAAAGAGAAUAACCUCCAGCCAACAAUCAUUGUUGGACUUGUUGCUUGUGGCGUGGUGAGUCAGGAGGAAAGAUUGAUCAAUGAGUUUGGAAUGAAUACUGUGUUGAAGAAGCCGACAAAGCUGGAAACGUUUCGACAGUUUCUACAAAACUGGCCUGUCUAG